AAAUCACCUUCAAUAUUAAUAGUGUCGAUAACCCAUUUAUCAAGCUAACCCCCCAAAACACAAAUUUUUUCUUCAAACUCCCCACCUUCCCCCAACCCAAUCUCGGCGCUUUUCUUCCACGCGCCUCCUUCUCUUUUUCUCUCUCCUCUUUCGUUAAACCCCUGUUAAAAAUUUUUCCGCCAUUAAAAUCCAGUUUAAGAAGCUCAGAAAACUGGGGAAAAAAAUAAGAAAAUUUCAAAGGAAUAAAACAAAAAAGCCCCAGAAAAAAAAGAGAAGAAUUUGAUUAAUUUAUCAAAAUUCAUUGAUUUUUUUUUUUCACCAGUUUUCUCUCUCCCAUCUCUCUUUGUGAGUGAUGUACAGAUCUGGAACAGUAAUGGCGUGGAAUGUAUUCAGAUUUUGUACUGCUUUAAGGGGUUUAGGUUCGAUCAUGAUCUUGCUCGUUUUAGGGGUUGUGGGUGUAACAUAUUACGCCGUCGUUUUGACCAAUUAUGGCCCUGCUUUAUUCGAUGGUGGUCUCGAUACUCUUACUUCAUUCGCAGUUUUGUUACCAUUCCAUGGUUUGCUAGCCAUGUUGUUGUGGAGUUACUUUUCUGUUGUUUUUACUGAUCCGGGGUGUGUACCCCCGAAUUGGAGGCCUGCCAUAGAUGAGGAGAGAGGUGAGAUUGAUCCAUUGACUGCGUCGGACUUCAGUGGAGUGCAAACUGAUCAAUCUAAUACAAAAGUCCGAGUUUGUCGAAAGUGCAACCAGCUGAAACCUCCUCGCUGCCAUCAUUGUUCUGUUUGUGGGAGGUGUGUACUAAAAAUGGAUCAUCAUUGUGUAUGGGUUGUAAAUUGUGUUGGAGCACUAAAUUAUAAAUAUUUCCUUCUAUUCCUGUUCUACACGUUUUUAGAGACUACUCUGGCAACAAUUUCACUGCUGCCACAAUUUAUUGCAUUCUUUAGUGAUGGAGAGAUACCUGGAACACCAAGCAGUCUUGCGACAACAUUCCUUGCAUUUGUCUUGAAUUUGGCAUUCGCAUUGAGUGUUAUGGGAUUCCUCAUCAUGCAUAUAUCUUUGGUUUCAGCUAAUACCACUACUAUUGAGGCAUAUGAAAAGAAGACAAGCCCAAAGUGGCGUUAUGACCUCGGAAAGAAGAAAAAUUUCCAGCAGGUGUUUGGAACGGACAAGAAGUAUUGGCUUAUCCCCGCAUAUGCAGAUGAAGAUCUACGAAGGAUGCCGGAACUUCAGGGUCUAGAUUAUCCAUCAAAGCCUGACCUUGAUGCACAAGAGUUUUAAGACGUGUUGGUUCUAUAUCUCUGGCAUUCAGAAGUGUCCCUCACAACUAUAGAUUCUGAGCUCUCAUAGAAUUUCUCCCCUUCGUCUUUGAUCAAGCAAGUGGGGAUUAAUUGGGCUCUGGUCUUUCUGUCAGCUCGUGCACGCUUCUGCAAUUUAAAAGCUGCCAAGGGAAGAAACAUUAUGAAUAGAGAGAGGGGGAAGUUCGAUAUUCAGAGGGAGCAGGAAAAUGUAGAUUAUAGAGCUUUGGGGGGGGGGGGGGGUGCCUCUUACAUGUAUGUUUUAAGUUCUAACAGUCUGAUUUAUAAUGGGGGGUGUAGGGGAUUUGUAAUACAGGAAUUUCUGAUGUUUAUAUUGUGGCAAGCCAAAAAUUAAGAAAAAGAAAAAAUUGCAUUCAUUUUA